AUGCAAGAAGAAAAGACCCCAACGACGUUGGUUGACAAACUUGCUCAAUCGCCUUAUCCGAUAUGGUCACUUUCAGCAUUAACAUGUGCGAGUUUACCAUACUCUGUCAAAAAGAUACCCGGCAUGCCAUCCAUGUUCCAAACCAUGGCAUUCACUGCCAUUUUUGCAGGUGCAGGCUAUGUAACACAUGUAGGGGACGCCGAAAAUGGUGCAGGCAUCGCAACGGCAUGGUGUUUGUCAUGGUCAUUUUUAAAUGCACGAAAAGCGAUCACAUCGAUGAAGCCCUUACCAAUCGCACUUUUCACUGCUGUUGCAGCAAACACUGUUAUAUACGGCAAAAAGACACUCGAAGUCAAUGGCUACAUUUAG